AAACUGUUUAUCUUUGCAUUUUUAGACUAACGUCAUGGAGAAUGAGCGAAUUAGUAAGUAUACGUAUAAAUAUUAAAGUUGAGUUUGUUGAACCUGAUAAAAUCUGUUAUACCUGAAUGGAUGAUUCCAUGCAGCUAUAGACUAAAUUUUGAUCAAGGCAAGAAGAACGAAAUCCAACACCACAGCUAGAAAGAGCGUCUUAGAAUGAGUAAAACUGCAAAGUAUUGGUUGCUAAAUGUUGUAAAAUGAAGAAAAUGUAGCCCUCGUGAAGUUCGCAAAUUUUGUAUAUAAUUUGUAUUACGCGCGUUAAAAAUAACCACUUUCAGCUUAAAAAUGGUUAUUUUUCCCGCUAUUAAUGCAAAUAUAUACAAAAUUUGCGAACUUUACAGGGCUGUAUUUUCCUCAUUUUGCACCAAUUCGCAACCAAACUUUGCAAUUUUACUCAUUUUAAGAUGCUCUUUCCAGCUAUGGUAAUGGUUUCCGUCUUGUGACUCUUGUCUAGAUCACAAUUUCGUCUAUAGCUGGAUUAUCCAUUACUUCGGAUUCCACUGCAUGAACUCUGAGAUUUUGCCUUGGCUAAAACUUAUAUGCCAAUAGAUCUCACUGAUCUUCGGCCAGUUAAAUAACAUAAACAAAUGAUUUAAAGUUUGUUCGUUCACUGCAACCAGGUAUAUCAAUCAUGUUUCGCUCGCUACUCUGGUUUAAAUAAAUGAUUACAAAGCGCAGUCGAAUUGUAAUCAAGACCCAACGUUUCGACACUCCAGUCUAGUGUCUUCAUCAGGGGUGAUCUAAAGAUGCAAUCGUGGCUUCUUAAAUACCCAAGGGAUGACGUCACCUGCCAGUGAGAUGCAUGUAUUCCUCUGGUAAAUAGGCACUGUCAUCCCUAUUCAAAGCAUGAUGACUCAUACUUCUAUGGUCAAAGACUUUGCCUAGAAGCGUGGCAUAUAAAUAUGAGUAAUCAUGCUUUGAAUAGGGAUGACGGUGCCUAUUUGCCAGAGGAAUAUAUGCAUCUCAUUGGCAGGUGACGUCAUCCCUUUUGUAUUUAAGAAGCCACGAUUAUAAUUUUAGAUCACCCCUGAUGAAGACACUAGACUGGAGUGUCGAAACGUUGGGUCUUGAUUACAAUUCGACUGGGCUUUGUAAUAAUUUAUUUAAACCAGAGUAGCGAGCGAAACAUGAUAAACAAAUGAGUCAUGAAAGAGUUAUGUCACUUAUGGUAUGAUAUGGUAGUACAUAGAUAUUUUAUGCCCCGCGGUCUUGAACUGCUUCAUCUCUGUAUUUUACUCGAUACAAAAUUUUGAAAUAACUGUAAGAAACGAACUUACGAGUUUUUUCUAACUCAUAGCUGAUGAAAAGACGCGUCAAAUAAUCGGUUACAGACAUAAUUUGGAGGAGACAAUGUCGUCGACGUUGCCUCGUUCCAGUUCACAAGGCAAGAAGAAAUUGGCUCCUGAUUCACUGAGUCUGGUCAAUGAACCUAGCAUCUUGUCUCAGGGACCUCUCAGCAGGAAUAACCCACUAUCAAGCUCUUUACAAGAUCUAAGUCAGACAGGUAAGUAACAUGGGAGUGUUGGGAAAUGUCCAGCAUCACGGCUGCCAGGAAAUGUUUGACAGAAUAUCUUUGUCAUCUUAUAUACUGCUAACGAGAAAGUCACCAUCAAAUAACAGUUCUCUUGUCCUACCUAGACGGUCGUUUUUAUGAUGACAAUAUUCAGAAGAGUACCAGUAUGGCGUCAUUUGAAUUCACUGGGAGUGUAAGUACUCAAAAUGUUGCCGCCUUUUAUCAGGAAAUUUAAUUUCUAAGCGGCAUCUUACGAUCGAAGAGACCUUUCCCUCGUUAUCUCAGAGCCAUUGUGCAUCGGCCUGUACCUGGGCCCUUCACUCUGCUUGCUUUGGCAUGUUUGGCCGAUUUUGGUCUAGCAUUUGGUAAAUAUGACGUCACAUGCGAAAUGAGAGCAAAGUCACAGAAUACUACACAGAAGUCCAUCUCCAUUGUUUUUAGCGUAAGCUCUGUUUGUCAUGAUUCGUCACUCAGCAAGUACCGUAAACAGAAGCAGUCCCCCUCCUGGAAAUACUAAAAAUGGCGUAUGUCCAGGGGGGGGGGGUGACUGCUUCUGUUUACGGUACUUGCUGAGUGACGAAUCAUGAUGAAUAGAGCUUACGCUAAAAACAAUGGAGAUGGACUUCUGUGGCAACGUAUAGUAUUCUGUGGCAACGUGCACCUUGCUUUCAUUUCGCACAUGACGUCAUACUUACCAAACGCUAGCCCAAACUUUAUCAAACAUGCCAAAGACAGCCGAUAAGGGGCCAACCUAGGUCUUGGCUGGAUAACAACGAGUACUAUCCAUGGACUUGAUCAGUUAGUAGUUUUAAGACGAUGUAAAUAUUACAAUGCAUAACUAACCAUAGACUAUAAAACGGCAUCCAAUGCGCAAAUGACCGACGGAUUUUACUUUAAUAAAUACCAAAAUAUGCAAUGCGAAGAUUAAACGAUAUAAUUUUAUACCAACCUGCAGUACACGCAUGUAAUAAACUUGUGUGUUUGCAAUGUGAAUUUACAUAUUGAUAACAAUGGAGAAUAUAUAUUUAAUUAAGAUAUAAAAAGUAAUUUUUAGGAUAAAUAUUCGAAAUAACGUUUGUCAGUAACCUUGUAAAUUUUUAUGCUGUCUUUUUAAAUAAAGUAGUAUAUAUUUUUCUAAAUUUGGAACUUUGGAUGUGGAAUUUGCAAAAGAACCGAACUAAAGUACUGAAUUACUGAACAUAAACUUGUAAUUUGCAGUGUUUGACAAACGUAUUCCUUAAAAGCUUUAAUAAAUAUUUAGUCAAAUUUGUUUGUCAUAUUAGUAAAACACAGCAAAUGACGAGUUUAUGUUCAUUAUUUUGCUACUGUAGGGCCUUUUCAUAUGGGGAAAAGUUAUCCCGCGGUUAGCGAGAAAACAUUUCGACUAGCCAAAUAAUUUUGUUCUGUUCAUAUGGAGAAACGUUAUCCCGCUUACCGGGUAAAGUUUCCCGCUUGUGACGUAGCACUGGUGUGACGCGCAAGGCGGGAAAAGUUAAAAAAACUUUAAAUACAUUUUAAAACCAGAAAAGUUGCUGACACGAAAGAAAGUUUUCGUUGUUGGCUAUGUUGUGUUCAUAUGGGAAAAACAUCCCGGUCACCGAGAUAUCGCCUGUCAACAAGCGAGAUCUCUGUACACGGGAAAACUUUUCGUCUCAUAUGAACGCAGUGUAACUUUUCGUAUUAUUUUCAUAACAAGGCGAGAUCUCGCCUGUAAACUUGUCGAAAUGUUUUCUUGCUAACCGGGAUAACUUUUCCCCAUAUGAACAGGUCCUUAGUUCAGUACUUCGAUAUCAAAGGAACUAGAAAGAGCAUUGGACUGGUAUUCCUAAGGUCGCGGUCAGGCUAACCCACCGUGGUUAGGCUAACUUUUCAGCCUGCCCGGUGUGGAUAUACACUCAGAGUAACAUCACAAACAUUCACAACAAACUUUAAAGCAAUAAUAAUGUAAUUAAGGCCCCAGUUACACCAUACCAGAUUCGCAUCGAGCGAGUCAACUAAGACGCUUUUUGGCCUCUUACAACUUUUAUAUUUGAAGUUUUUGACUAAUUCUGUUAUAUUAUCAUAAUUUUGAGCGCUAAACUCCCCUUGAAGCCGUACAAUUUGAUGUCGCUCCGAUGCGAAUCAGAUAUCGUAUAACGAAUCAGAUAUCGUAUAAAAUUCCAGGACUGGGAAGUCCUUGAAAAUCAGUAGAGUUCUUGAACGUCCUGGAAUUAAUUUCCUUAACCUCCAGCUGUGCCAACAUUAGUGAUUUUGUAUGUUUGCGAUGUUACUCUGAGUGCAUAUCCACACCGGGCGAGCUUGAAAAAUAUGCCCGGUCACGGUGGGAUUUUGAUUAAAAUUGAUUAUUUUCUGGGCAAAUCCGUGCCAUUUUCAAGGAUUUUUCCCAGUUCUAGGUCCUUGAAUUUACUGAAAAAGGGCCUUGAAAGUCCUGGAAAAGUCUUUGAAUUUCACCUUCACCAAUGGGUGGACACCCUGUAAAUGGGGCCUACGACUACGUUUCGCCGUAAUUGGGUAACUGAGUCGUAUUCCCUGGCCUUACCAUUUGUAUUUUGGUAGUUGUCGAAUUUCAUUAAAGUGCUAUAUCACUUGUGGGACCUUUAUGGAUUUGAAAAGAGAAUAAAAAUUUAGUUAAUAAGUUCAAAAGAUUUUUUUGAUUUGGUGCAAUAGUUUUGAGGAUAUAGGCCUUUAAACAACGGACUGUUCAUGAGUCCCAGCCUACUGGGGUCUAAACACGGCUAUUGAAUUUGGCCUUUUUCCAAACUGUCCAUUGUGCAUAGGAGCCUGGGAUUCAGGAACUGUAGGUAGUUUAGAGGUCUGUAUCUUCGAAAUUAUUGCACUAAAUCAAAAAAAUCUUUUGAACUUAUCAACUAACUUUUUACGCUCUUUUCAAAUCCAUAAAGGUCCCAUGCACAAGUGAUAUAGGCACUUUAAAUCAAUCAGUUAUAUGCAGACCAGCGGCUAAUAACUAAUGCUGUUACUGACUAUCUGUGAUACAUGCCUCUAGAGUAAUUUACUAACCCAUAUAAUAUAGUUGAUGUCUGUUUGAGGUACUGUAGAAUAUCUUUAGAAGAUUUCAGGCUGCCAUGGGACUAGAACCUGCGACCUAGGGAGACGUGGUUACACAGACCGGCAUCUAUUGCUUUCUGGAGACAUAGACAGCGUUUAGAUGUAAGUCUCUCGUGUCGUACAGUUUUGUAUAAUAAAUAACUGCACUUUGGCACAAUCACUAGGAAAACAAAUUAUUCAAGAUUGCACUUUUAAGUAAUAUAUCUUGAGCAGCUUAUCUGCAUCAGAUUUACCCAAAAGACGAACGCAUGUAAGCAAUCAAGUUUACCGUUUACCAAUAAUUUUGACGAUGUCGUUCGUUUUAGCCGAGAAAAUCAAAGCUAAAGUUUAUGUAAAAUCAGGACAAGAUCUUCAUUCGAUUUGCAUUAUUAAACAUUUUGAAUUUUCUUCAUCAAUCUUUUCGAAUUUUUUCAUUACAAAUUGACAUUCUUCUCAUUUCCUACUUGAGCUUCGUGUGCUCAAGUGGAAUAUAUAAACUUUGUGGAAAAACAUCAAGAUUAUUUGGCAAAAUUUCAAUUCUUAAGCCUAGAUCUUCCAUCAAUAGUAAUGCAUUCCACUCGUUUUCCAGAGGUUGCAGGUUCAAGCCCCUGGCUUUCUAGCUCGAGGCACAAUUAACGGCUGUUCAUUUGAGCCCGGCUAGCCGGAAUGAAUCGUGUCACGAAUUUCCAGGUCAACCGAGCCAGUCCGGCUCCAUCAAUAUGAACAGCCCUUAGUGAAGAUUUAGAGGAGAAUCUUAAGAAGGAAUAAUCAUAUCAUACUUCCUUAUCUGUCAUUUGAGACAUGUUGAACACGUAAUGUGCGGUCAAAUUUUCAAUUGUUUUUACGCACUUUUGAGAGGAACAUCUGAAUUCAGGAUCCGAGGGACAUUAAACACCCUCCCCAAGUCUGGAAACGCAUCAUAAAGUGAAGGCAAGAUGAUGGAAUUGGCGUCCAAUAACUAUGAAGAUCGUAAACAGUUGUAAUACAAUUUUUCCUAUUGCUAUUCUCUUUAGAAGUAAAAAUACGAAAUUUCGAAAUACUCCUUGCACUGAAACUGACGUCCAAUGGCGCCAUCUUCACUUCACUUUUUGAGCUCAAGUUCUCGCUCUAGAUAAAUACGGAGCUCACUAGGCCUGGUCACGUUAAUUCAACCCAGCGUGGAACUAAACAUAAGCUAUAAAGCGUUUAAAUUAUUUGUUUUGUUUCUUCACAGAGAUCAACGUCCGGCAUUGGUUCCGACUUUUCAUCUUCGAACGGCUCGAUGCAAAAUUUCACAAGAAGAUUCGGACUGUUCAGCUCAAAGCGAGUUCAUAAGAAUCCGAGCGAGAGGAAGCUCACCAAAUCUGCCGGGAGUUUGGAAGAUAUAAAAUCUAUGCGCCGUAAGACCAGCUCAACUUCUGACCAGCGGAAAUCAGAAUUUUUUGUGACGUCACCGAUUGCCACGUGACCAACAUGCGACUUGAUACUGGCGGGAAGUAAAGAUCACGUGACUUUGAUCGUGAGUACACGUUGUGUGUUCAUGCGUUGUGUGAUGUCACUUGAAGCUUGUCGAAAAUUCUACCUCGUCCCCAGGGCGUUAUGUUUGGCGCGCGGUUGGAGAGAGCAGCCGCGCGCUUUUCAGAAAGCUCUGGGAACGAGUUUUGCGAAAAUCGUAGUCAUUUGUAUACAGUAAAAUAUCAGAUAUUUAGGGAAACUUGUAUAUACAAGAUAUUAGAUCAAUCACUUCAUAAGAGAAACAUUGUUACCAAGACAAAAUCUGGCAGCCCUUCCGAGAAUCAUUUAGGUGCCCAAAAUAUAAAGAUGUUUACUGGCAUAUAUAGGGGAAAUAUUUGGUUGAAGCUGACCAAAGUAGCGUUAUAUCACUGGGAAAAGUUUUGAAUGUUUUGAUCAAAGCCUGGUAGUGCCAGUGGGGAAAUUCGUCGAUUAAUAUGAAAUACGAGAGGUCACAUCAAAAACUGGGUCGAAUUAUCAUUUUCGGAUUCGAAAUUACCAAAAUUGGUAAAAAAAAAUCAUUUACAUGUAAAUAAGAAAUUCUACUAAUUUGAUUAAUUUCAUAUCAUAUGCUUACGUAAUUUAUCUAGGAAAUAAUUUAUUAGAAGUUCUUUUCAAAUUUGUUGUGGUUUAUUAUAAAAUAAGAAAUCAUUUCAAAUGUUGAUUUAUUUAUC